AUGGUUGACCUUGUGGAGAUCUGCCCUGACGGACAGACCUCGACGACGACGUCCACAGAGACGUACGAGGUUAUGACUCGAUCCAUCUGCCACACAUCCAUGCCGAGCCUGCCCUGCUAUGUGUGCGAGUUUGGGCUGCCGACCGGCGUGCACCUGAUGACCGUCUCCACGACGUCCAACACGGCGUCCCCAGACCCGACACCUGCCGUUACUGUUCAGGCAUGUUCGACCUGCGAGACGUCCGUGUUCAAGACUUCGGUUCUCGGAUUCACCCCGGGCGCGCGGUGCUACGGCUGCCAGCCCUCGGGCACAGAUGACCCCGUUGCCAGCAUGACCCUGGAGAACCACGAGCUCGAGACGAUGUCUCUGGUGGGAGGGUCUUCCCUGGGCGAGGUGGCGGGCGAUGGUGCUUCCGGCCCUGUCGCUGUCUCGGCCCCGUCAGGAAACAUCCCGUUGCCUCCGCCGUCUGCCUCGCCAACGUAUCUCACUGCGGGAGCGUCCCGGAACACCGUACAGGCCGGAUUGAUCGGACUCGUUGUCGGACUGAUCCUGAUUACGUGA